AGGGGCAAGGGGUGUUCCGAUAGCUAUCGUGUGAACAAUAUUCCUUUCAAAGUCACUCGGAGAGCAUGUCUUAGCUGCAAUGUAUCGAGCAGAAGAGCAUAUGGUGUGUAGGUGUUGAAAGGCGGACGUUGUGGGCAUGACCAGAGUUGGGGAUCGGGUGGACCCUGUGAUUGGGGUAUGAUGUAGUCGCGUGGACGGCGCCGACGAUCAUCGCCCCGGUUACAGGGCAGCUCCGAGCAGCUAGACAACAAGACAACUGUCCCAGCUCCACCCGUUCUUUUUCUCCUUUUCAUCUUUCCUUUGAGAGCUCCAGAAAGCUCACACAUUCACUAACCAGCAACUAUGGCGCGCAGCCAAGAACCGCUGCUAACGCGGCGGGCGUCCGACCGUUCGAACGACCACGACCUCGCCGAAGAGGACGCACUCCUUACCGGCGAACCUACGAACAGACAACCCCCGUCGGACCGCUGGCAGAAAUGGCGGGAACUCGGUCUUUUCCUUUGGGCCCUCAUCGCGACGGCAGCCAUUAUCGUCCUUGCUAUUGUCUACCAGAAGCAUCAGGCCGCCAAGCCUCCUUCUCCGAACCCGACCGGCAAACGUAACCUCAUAUUCAUGGUGUCUGAUGGCAUGGGUCCCACGAGCUUGAGCUUGACCCGAGGCUUCAAGCAAUACCAGCACGCGGAAUCUUGGGACAACGUUCUGGUUCUUGAUAAGCACAUGAUCGGCCAGAGCCGUACGAGAUCCAGCAGCAGCCUGGUGACGGACAGCGCAGCCGGAGCGACCGCGUUCAGCUGUGGUUUCAAGAGCUACAAUGGAGCAAUUUCGGUGCUACCGAACCACGAGCCUUGCGGCACGGUGCUGGAAGCCGCGAAGCGAGCGGGAUACAUGACUGGAUUGGUUGUCACGACAAGAAUUACCGAUGCGACACCGGCAUGCUUCGCAGCACACGUGAACAUGCGAUCGGAGGAGGACCGGAUCGCUGAACAAAUGGUUGGAGACUAUCCGCUUGGAAGAGUCGUGGAUCUGAUGUUUGGAGGAGGACGCUGCCACUUCCUACCCAACACCACCGAAGGCUCGUGCCGCGCUGAUGACAACGACAUCAGGACGCUUGCAGGAAAACAUGGGUUCAGCUAUGUUGAUAACCGCGAGGACUUUGAUGGCUUGAACCUGGGUAGUGCGAUCAAUUUGCCGAUGCUGGGACUUUUCGCGGACCACGACAUUCCCUACGAGGUGGACAGGCGCAACGAAAACGACAUCUAUCCAUCGCUGGAUGAAAUGGCAAGGACGGCUAUGAGGGCCCUGAGCGAGGCAACCAGGGACAGUGAUAAGGGCUUUUUCCUCAUGAUUGAGGGUAGCAGGAUCGACCACGCCGGUCAUGCUAAUGACCCCGUUGCUCAGGUCCAUGAAGUCCUUGCUUACGACAAGACUGUUGCUAGCGUUCUGGAGUUCCUUGAAAAGGAUCCUGUCCAGGGUGUCAUGGUCAGCACUAGUGACCACGAGACCGGCGGUCUGGCCGCCGCGAGACAACUGCACACUACCUACCCUGAAUAUCUCUGGUAUCCGGGCGUUUUGGCCAACGCUUCUCACAGCGCUGAACGCCUUGCGCAAAACUAUCAAAAGUUUUUGAGCGCACAGCGCAACGAAGACGAGACCAUUGCUUGGCUCAAGAAUGCAGUCGAGAAUGACCUCGGCAUUCACGAUGCCUCCGAAGAGGAGAUCAACAACCUCGCAGAAAACCCAGAUAUCAGUCCGUACGUUUUCGCCGACAUGGUGAGCCGCAGAAGUCAGACGGGGUGGAGCACCCACGGACACUCAGCUGCGGAUGUCAACAUCUUCGCCUCAGACCCCAUUGCUGCCUCCCCUCUUGUUGGAAACCACGAGAACACUGAAGUCGGCGAGUUCCUACGCAACUAUCUCUCGGUCGACGUCGAGGCGAUUACUAAGGAACUGCGGUCCAAGGGGAUUGGCCACGGCAAAGUGGAUGCCAUGACGGGCGAGUCCAUUGGCUGGAUGGGCCGGAUGCCUGACGAGGCCGAGAUUAACGAUCAUGACCAUCUAGACCACUAUCAGGGGGAUUUCAAGAAGCACAAGAGAUGCGAGAUUUGUGGCAUGUGAAAGAGUGGCGGAUUGCGCCACGGAGAGACAUUUUCGGCUUCCUAGACUUGCUUCCGAUUUGGGGAUUAUUUGGCGUUUCUUUGGGACCCGAGCAGUCGAACCGUUCUUGGACACUGUAUAUGCCAUGAGCCAGACAGGUAUCUUUCGCUUGGAGGCAAUAACGGCCGAACUACCAACGACGAACUUUCAUAAUCUCAGCCCGAACUACGAAAUCCAUUUCUGGGUACAAAUCAGCAUAAACUUAGAGAAUCCCCCUUCUUCUCUUGAAAUUUCGCGACAAUAACGCCUCAUAACAUGCUACCCUUAGGGCGGUGUGACGGGUGCGCAGCUGAGUGUAUCCUGAUGCACGUGAUUGCCUAGUAAGCAGCUUAGCUGUGGUUGGUGGUUGGUGCCUCGCAAUUCCACGCUCUCGGUGGCGAUCAACAAUCGAGCCGAGGAGACCACUUCUACCACCAACAUUCUGUCACAGUAGUAGAGAUGGCUUUUGCUCCUUAGAAG